CACCGAUAUCGGAGACCAAAGUCUCUCUGUGAAACGUUGUGUCUCGCGGUUUACUCGCUGCUUCAACUAUUUUUACUCAUUUUCAACUGUUUACAGUGCUUAAAUCUCAUUUGCGGAGUAUCCAUUUCGAUUCGAUAGAAACAUCGGUUUUCGUUUUCAUUAAAAUUGUUUAAUUACGACGCUGUUGCAGAUUUUUAAAUCACGGAACGACUGGCUAAUGCGAUAUCGAACAGUAUAAAUAGUACUGGUAACAAUGAACAUUGGAUAAUAUCACAAAUUUAUAUUUUUUUUAUUACAACCGUAGUUACUGUUUUUUUAGGAAUUUCGAGGAUCGAAAUCCCAAAAAAUCGAAAAAAAUUUCUCCCUCGACACCGAGACACUAAAAUAAUAAGCGUGAACGACGAACGUUGAUAAAAACCGCGAUAGUGAAAUGACUUUAAACGUUUAAGUUGCUCGGUGAAGGACGAACCUGCGAUCGCACAUUUUUCGGCCAUUCGUCGAUCGCCACGAAACGGAAUGAAUUUUCCAAAAGUUUGAUAAAGUGUGGUUGAAAUGUGGAAAAAAAAUCCCUAGAAAAGGAAAUAUCGCGUGGAGAGAAGCCUCGGGCGCAGUCGCCGAACGUUUUAUUGAUCCUCUGCCGGGGAACUCUCACCGAGCUCACACGCGUAUCGAACAAACACACACGGAUUCGUGCGAUCGUGUAUUUCGCACUGAGAGCGAAUAAACGAGCGCUUCGGGUUCCCUGUGUGUGUGUGUGUGCGCGUGCGUGCGUGUGUGUGUGUUAAAAGUGUUCUUCCCGAGGCGUCAUGCGUCGACUGGACGUUCCAGCGACAGUGAAUGGACAGCACGCGGUGUGCUCGUCUUUGACGUUCCUCACUUUCGUCCCACCAUUUUUCCUCCGAUAUUGAAUAAAAGCAAAGGCUUUUGGAGCAGUCCCGCAUUUUUUGAGGGAAAAUCGUGACUUUUUUUUUUACGACGGGCAUGUAAAGUGAAGAAUGAAAAAUAGUGAAAUCGAGUCUCUCGGAACACGGGAAAAUGGAAAAAGCACUUGGCCGGAAAUGAAAUAUUUGAUUGGUAAAUAAAAUUGCAAGGUGAAUAGCAGAGAAAUCGAACUGGAAAUUUCGAGAAGGGAGGCUCCCUUUUAGGGGUUGAAGCGUGGCAUGCGUCGUUCUCGUUUCCCAUCGGGAAAGGUCUAUCUCGACGGAGACUGGAUUCUCCAGCAUCUCGACUAUGCUGCAAGCUCGCAUCGAGUGAAAGUAAUAUCGAGUCCGGAAUUCAAACGUCAUUGAGGAAACGGAAGGGAAUUUUUUCUUAUUUCUCCUACGAAAGUGCGUGUUUACCUUCGAAAAAACUGAAUCCCGUUGAGCGGCGUUUGCGGAGGCUGAAAAUAAUUUGCCAAAUAAUCAAUAAUUCGCAAAGUUUUAACUUUCGUUUUCCAAGUUGCCUCCCUCGCCGACAUAUGCGAAGUCUCGAAGAACGACUUUCCGAACAAUACAAAAUAGUGUCGAAGUGAAAAAAAAAACAGCGAAAAUGAGCCUGCUCUCGUCGUCGAUAAACAACGUUCGGUGUCUCGCCGACGAGGAGAACGAUCACAACAUGCUCCAGGAUCUUCAGCUGGCUGCUGAGCUUGGCAAAACUCUGCUCGAACGUAACAAGGAACUGGAAAACAGCCUGAAAAGUCAUCAGAGUACGAUUGAAGAACAGGCACAAGAAAUCGAGUACAUGAAAAAACAAACAGCCGCCCUCAGAGAAGUGAACAAUUCGAGGCUCAAAAUUUACGAACAGUUGGAAGUCAGUAUUCAGGAUUUGGAACGUGCCAAUCGUCGCCUCGUCGUCGAAAAUAGCAGCGACAAAAAGCUCAUAAAAAGUCAGAGCUUGACGAUCGAGAGUCUCGAGGCAAAGUCCGAAGAAUUGCUAAAGAAAAUCGACGAUUUGAAGUCCCAGUGCGAGUCCCUUCAGCGUCAACAAACGACGAACCAACAAUGCGAGGACGAGUCGCAAUCGCUGACAGCUUGGAAGGCAUCGAUGACACAAGACGGCAGCACAAAACGAAUCGCUGCGAAAACUUCGCCGAAGCCAACACAAGAAAGCCAAAUCGACACGUGCUCGCGACAGCUGGUCAACACACACGCCGAAGAUGAAGAAGAAGUGACGGAACUGUUGAGACAGUUGCACGAGUCUCGCAAUCAACGGGCUCGCGAUCAGGCCAGAAUUACUGAACUUACGGAACAGCUAGCCGCUCUUGUUCAGGAAAACACCUCCCUCGAGGACCAACUCAACGUAUGGCGCAACAAGGCACAAGACAUGAAGAACUUACAGGACGAAAUUAAUACCCUCGAGGAAGUCAGACAAGGUCAUCUUUGCGGCCGUUGCUUACGCGGCGUCGACCUCAGUACUCACGACGAGUUGUCAGUGAUGCUGGACCAAGAAGAAGACGACGAUAUAAGCAUGGCCGACUCUUUCGUCACCGACACCCAACGUGAUUGCGAAUCGAUAACCCAGGAAACGAGCAGCAAAGUUGGGGAAGUUGACGAGUCGAAUCCAAACCCGUACAGAGUCCUCGUCGAGAAAUACGAGGCGUUGCUCGAGGUGCAGAGGCAUCCGGCGGUUCGUCGUAAGCCGAGUGUCCCCACGACGUGUAUGUCGUUGCAAGAGGAGCUCGAGAUGUCAGGUGAAUUCAACAAUUUCCAAAAUUCAUCUUGCGAUUACGAGACGAGCCAGCAGGACUCGAAAACGAGCAAUCAGAACGGCGGGGGGCGUCGGGGCUUUUCGAGAAAACCGUUUUCAGCGACGCCCACAGACUUCUCGGAAGCGGAAACAUCGUCCUCCGGGUUCGCGGACGAGACGAGUAACAAAUCAACGCAAACGGACGAGCGCCCUGGCUUUCUUCUGUGCUCGAUCGCCGACGGGGAGGAUUGCAAAUUCAGUAUUUACGAUGACAACAGUCCGUUCGAGAGUCGCUUCCGCAAAACUCCGGAGUAUCGAGAAUUGUUCAGCGAAAUAUUCCGCGUGCUCAAGAGGGCGGCUGAGGCAAAGGAGGACGGUGAGAAGCUGCCACUGUUGGACAACAGCUCUUCGAACAACACUUUGAAGUGUGAAAACAAUUCGGGAGAUUCUGCCCAAUUGGACGACUGCAACAGCGAGGCAACCGACGAUUGUCAGAGCGUCAUGUCCUCCGUCGUCUCCUCGGUCGUAUCCGAGCCGGUGUUUCGCGUCCAAACCCCAGAGAUGAAGCGCAAAAAUCACGAGACUCCAUCGACGAUGCAGGAAACUCCGAAAAGCUCGUUAUCCACCGCGAACAGCUUGACCAAUGGCAAAGUGUCCGGAGAUGUUCAUAAUCAUCAAAGGACUCACCAACCUCGUCGUCACCAUCUCGAUUAUUUGUCCAUAAACGUACAAGUCAGAAAGAAGAACAACGCCAAAAAGAAUUCCCCGAAGAAGGCAAGCGUCGAGAGGUCCGCGACGCCGGACAACUCCACGAGUCCACGCGUCCACAAAUCCAACAGCAGCGGCCGGAGAAACAGAUUCAGACCUCUGACCACCGCCGAGCAAGCUGACGGAACAAUCUGGAACGGAAACACUCUUCAUAUAUUCUCAAGCAAAACUCGCAUCUCUCCUGGCAACUCCAACAUUUCAAACAACUUGAGAAGCAGACAAGGCUCAGUUUCUUCGACUCGCAAUUCUCCCAAUGAACAGCACAACUCCAGCUUGGAAUACAAGCCGAGCACAGCUUCCGAGGAAGUCGCGAGACUGAGAAGACUCGAAAUGUCCUACGCCGAAGCCCUCAGAAUGCCAAACAAACCCAAAGUACACAACAAUCGUAGAUACUAGAACAUUUUUUUAGCCUUGUACCGCAUAUUUCAGGCAAACAUAAAGAAAUAACGGAUUAAUGAAGUAACGACCGAGAUAGGGAUAAAGAAAAUGCGAAGAAACAAUAGUUUCCGCGCAGCAGGGCAAGAAUUUUUGUAACUUUCUUUAUCGACUCGUGGAACGAUGCGAAAAAGAGUGAUGAUUUAUAAUAAUAAUCUAUACACAUGCUCCGAGUAUUACUUCUCAGCGGGAGAAACGUCGAGUUUACUUUUUUCUUAGGAUUCUUUGUCUCUCGUUUCGUUACUUAUUAUUUCUUUGAUAAAAUCUCUUGCUAUUAGAAAUUUGCGUUUUUCUCCUGACGAAAUGAAUCGCUCUUGGACAAUUGGGGGGACGAGAAUAUUGACGCAGUUGCGCGUGAAAGCUUGAUUUUUCCAACGAUUCAAUUAUUGGGAAGAUUUUCUUUUUUCGAUCUGCUUCGUACACGAUUUUGUUGACACAAAAUUUGAGUUAUUGUAAAUAUUCCGUUUCGUGGUUAACGAAUUUUUUUUAAUUUCGAGAAAACUAUGAUUUUUUGUCUUUUUCUAUUGACCCGAGCGACCACGGGACUAAGACGAUGUUACGUCGAUAUUUAUUCGAUCGAAAGACGCUACCGCGCGCCGAUAUUUCCUCUUUGGGCUGGUUUCUAGCGCGCAAUAUACAAAUUAAUGAUUAUUCACGGGUGAAAUUUUUCAUAAUUGUAAAUAUUUGCUUUUGCGGUUUGUGGAUUUUGUAAAAUUUGAAAAAACAAAUGUCCCUAAUGUUCUUGUUGAAAGUAUCGACGCGGCUUGCUAAAGUUCAAUUUUUCAGUGAACGUUAAUCCUCGAUAUCGCACGACACCAAAUGCACUGAGAAUAUCAAAGAUUUUUCUUCGAGUCAUCUAGCCCCAAGGACUAAAGCACCGUACCCCACAAAAUGAUUGAAAAAAAUAUUGUACGCAAGGGGAUUGAAAAAUACACGUCCUCGGUGGCGAAAGAUUUUUCAUUUUUAGUUCGGACAAAAUAUAUUUCGUGCUAGAAACCAGUCGAAAGUUCCUCGAGCCACAGCGAUGCAACAAUUACUUUUCGAUUGACUCGAACGAUAAAAAGAUUGAUGCGAACGAACGGCUUCGAUUCGAAUUUUAUCGGGGCGCUCCCUCGAGGGCGAUUUUUUGCUCUUCGGGUUCGUUUCUAGCGCGCAAAACGGUGAGAAAUAUUGCUCAGUGUCCACGCGCAUUUGUUUUUCUAUAGGCGUUCAAAUAAUAUACAUUUUUAUCAAUAUUAUUACGGGAUUCUCGGCCUAUGUUCGGGUAAAAAGAUAAAAAAACAAGCCUUGAUAUUUGUAAAUAUUUUCUCAUACGAAUGAUACAAUCGAUGAUCAGCGGAGAAUGGUAACUUUGGGAAGUUGCGUCGAUACUUUUUAGAGCUUAAGUUCCUUUCAUUUUCUAUUUUGUAUAUUUUCUCUUCUUGUUCUCUGUCAAAUUUACAUGUUUUAUGUGUUUUAUCCAAGCGAAUGCAUGACGUUAGUUUAUUCCGAGGGCUGAAGUAUAUGAAAAAAAAAAAAAAAAAAAACAGGAUAAAAAAGAAUAUGAAAGGCUGGAAAAACCGAAGCGAGACUCAAUUUAUAUCCAUGUGCAAAGAGCUUCGUUCCCCUUUACUCAACCUCGAGAAUUUCCCCUCUCCCCCUUUUCCCCGUAUCGGUGGUAAAUUAAGAAAUAAAAAUUAUUUAUGUGCCAUUUA